AAUAAACUUCUAUCUAUGGAAACCUCAGGAGGAAGAGAGAAAUAAUCAUAGUCUUAAAUUCAAGUGCUGGAAGGUGUUUCAUUUUGAAUGUUUAGAAAUCCUAAAGCUCCGAAAUAACCCCAUCAAAUUCAUCCCAGAAGAGAUCUCUGCAAUGAGGAAUCUUAAAUUCUUGACCGUGUCCUUCAAUUUGCUGACUACUCUUCCAGUUGAGCUAUUUACCCUGCCAAAUCUUCAGAGUCUUGAUGUUUCCUAUAAUGAACUCGAAUAUAUCCCUAAUGAAAUACAAAAUCUCAGAAACCUCACCUACCUGAAUGUUGAAGGGAAUCUGCUCUACUACUUGCCUUGUGGGAUUCUGAAACUUCAGCUGAAACAGCUGCUGGUGGAAAACAACUUUUUGCAUGCCUGUUUCUGGAAGGAGAUUUUCCUGAUGCAGCCUCAGCGCCUUACUGACAUGGCUGCCCUGUGCUUUGUUAAGCACAAGCUGUGGAAAAUAUAUUAUGAGAUUCCAGAGGAGAUUCAAGAUAUUAUAAGCAACUUUGAAGGCUGUGACUGCUGCAACGGACCUUUGUACGGAAAAGGCUUUCGUUUUAUCCUCAUUUAUAGGAACGUUUAUGGACUAAGGCUUCCGUAUCAAUUUUCAGCUUGCUCACCGGUCUGCUACAUGGCCUUUGUCAAGCCAGCUGCGCUGACCUGAUGAACGUGAAUGUUUAGUUGAUUGAGAUUCAGGCAGAGCAAAUAACCUGUUGAAUGAAGACCAAGCAAUGAUUCAAGUAUGGAAGGGCAUUUUUUUUUUUGCAAAAGCGUGUAUUAUGUAGACCUUCUGUGGGGUCUAAGGAUUAGUGUGACAUUGCAGAGUUCUCUUGAUUACUACCCCCAUCUGUAAGCAAUGUUGUGAAAAUCCUAGCACCACUUCCAGC